CAGAGACGGACAAGAACCACUAUCCUCUCUUUCUUAUUUAUCUCUCAUUGAUUAAACAAGUGCUGGUUUCCAGCCUAUUAUUCUGAAUUUGCCGCAGCUCUCGAGACAAACACACUUGGAGUGUAACAUCUACGGUUAAAGAUGAAUUGUGCAAGAGUUCUCCAUGCCUUUGGGACUCACACCCAGCCAGCUGUGAUGCCAGUUGACCUCGCCAUGUGUCUGAGCCUCAGCCGCCGUCAACCUCUUUAUCAACUGCUGUCCAUGUCUCCUCUGAAAGCCACGCAGCGCCGUUAUCAGCCGACCGACUGUCCCCAGAGGACUGGCCUUCACUCUCCGCAUCCCUCCUCCUCUUCCCCCUUCUCUUCGUCCUCACCGCUGCCCUCCUCUCCUGUGUAUUCAGAGCCUCGGAGCUGCUUCCGCAGGGACAGCGGUGGUCUGAACAAGAAGCGUGUGGUCUUCGCCGACGCCAUGGGCUUGGCUCUCACUGCUGUACGGCUAUUUAUCCCCGAGCCCUCUCCCGCUGCUUCUACUCUGCUGAUGAAACCCUCCCUUGCCAAACUGCAAGGGCAACAGUCGACCUCAAACACUCUGCACCGCUACAAGUGGCGCCUCGGUUUCCCUCAACCGACUCUUGACGUCAAAGGCUUCCUCACACGUCUGCGAGACAUGCACGUGCAGUUGGAGAGCUGCAACAUUUCAGAACACACGUUGAGCGGCAAAGUGCGCGUGUCCCAUGUCAGCAUUGACGAGGCUGUGCAUAUAAGGGUGACCUUUGACUCUUGGCGAAGCCACCAUGACGUCCCCUGCACGUUCCUGCAGCAGCAGCGCUUUGGGGGUUCUGAUAUGGCUGUUUUUGCCUUUGACUUAAACUUGCCAAAGAACAUAGAUCCAAAGGAGCGAGUUGAGUUUUGUGUGUACUUCAAGCCUGGACCUGGUGCGACGCCACACUGGGACGACAACAGGGGGCAGAAUUACAGGGUGUGCGUGGAGAAAGAUGGAUCAAAUGGUAACCCAGGCGAUGCUUACCGUUGUUACCCCACACUUUCACAACAUCGGCCGCCAUUGUGGCCUUUGCAUGCGGCACUCAGUAUGCAGAACUCUGCCGAUCCACAGUAUCUUCAGAGAAGUUUAUCGGAGAGUGGAAAACUCUGUGUUCAACUAAGCAGAGAAAUGAGCUCACACCCUCUCAACAGAGCUAUUAGGAUAUGUAAAUAAUGUGAAUGAAUAUUAAUGAGAAAGUUAAGGCUUUUAAGGAUGCAUGGACUUUGUGAAAUCUCUAGUGUUGGAGGGUCUGAUGCCUUCAGCUCAUCUCAGGUCAUCUCACAGAAGUACGUGAAAUUACCACGACCUCAUAGCACCACAGUACUGCACAUAAUGUGUUCAAAUGACGUGCCGCCACAAAGGAAACAACUUAGGUUUAGUCAACAAUACUAAUUGGUUAGGAUUAGGAAAGAAAAGAUCAUGUUUUGGGUUCAAAUAAGUAUUUAUGGUUUGUAAAUGUACGUCAUUUAAAAUAAAUCAAUAUUGACUUUUGGUUCCACUUUGAGGAAAAAGAUUUAUUGUUGGACCUGGGAAUGUGUGUGUCCACGACAAAGGAUCCUAAUCUUCUUUUUAUUGGCAUUUCCAGUUUCUGUGGUGAUGUCAUGUAAUGUGUUAAAAUGACAUGCAGUGUUAAGAAGUGGUCAUUUCAUGUAUUUCUGGGAGAUCAC